AACUGCUGCUGGCUCUGAGGCAUAGCAGGUAAGUGUGCUUCUUCCUCGUGAACGUGCAACCUUUCCCAAGGUCAUAUCUUGCCAGCAGCUCAGAUCUUUACUAAAGCACCACCCUGCUCAUUUGUCACUUACAAUCCAAUUCAACAUGGCAACCCGGUGGGGACUGUGCGGUGCGGGGAAGAUCAGCCAUGACUUCAGUGUGGCUCUGAAGACUCUGCCGCCUGAAGAUCACCAGAUAGUAGUCAUUACAUCGAGGAGCUUGGAGCGUUCCAAAGAGUUUGCCAAGAAGCAUGGUAUUCCUAAGGCUUAUGGCAGUUAUGAGGAGCUGCCCAACGACCCAGAUAUAGAUAUUGUGUACGUGGGAGUGCUGCACACAGAGCACUGGAAGGUUGGUCAGCUGUUCCUCAAUGCUGGGAAGAACGUCUUGUGUGAAAAACCUUUCGCAAUGAACUCAAGUCAGGUGAAGGAACUUGUUGCCUCAGCAAAGAGAAACAAUGUCUUCCUCAUGGAGGCCAUCUGGUCCCGCUGUUUCCCCCUGCAUGGUGAGGUGCGCAGACUACUGGCGGAGGAGGCAGAAGGGGAAGUGAAGCUGGUAAAGGCAUACUUUGGCUCCCCUCAGCUCCACAUCCCCCGCUCAGUGCAGAAGGAGCUGGGCGGUGGCGGGCCUGGAGUGUACUGCCUGCAGUUUGUGCUGAUGGUGUUCAAUGGGGAGAGGCCAGAGUCCAUCCAGGCCACAGGGGUUCUGCUUGACUCAGGGGCGGAUGAGUCCUUGGUUGUGGUGAUGAAGUUCUCCAGGAACAGGAUCGCCUUCUGCGCCUGCUCAAUCUCCGCUCGGCUUUCAGCUCCAUUAAAGUAUGCUAUGCUAAUGCAUUCCCUUUUUGACCUCCAGGUUGUUGGCCCAGUGCAUUGCCCCACAAAACUUGUGGUCAACGACAAGGAGACGGUGUAUCCUCUGUCUGAACCCUGCCUCCCCCUGAAUUUCACCAACAGCACCGGGCUUCGCUACGAGGCAGAGGAAGUGAGGCAGUGUCUGCUUAAAGGACUUAAGGAGAGCCCACGGAUGCCUCUGCCAGAAUCCGUCUUACUGACAGAGAUCAUGGAUGAAAUCAGGAAGCAGGUGGGAGUUGCCUUUAGCCAGGACAGCCAGUGACAUCAUUCCAAAGCUGGUCUGUUUCACCUGACCUAAACCCACUCAGGCGGAGCGGACAGAGCAGCUCCAGGCAGGCUUUAGUUCUUUGUUAAGAGAAGCUCACGCAAGGCAUUGACAAAGAGUGACAGGACAAAAUAUAAUGAAAAUUACAUAAAGAUACAAUCAGCAUCUAAAUGUAAAUCUUGGGAACAUCUAUUGUUUGUUUUCAAUAAACCUUUUUGCAUUGUAUAGGCCAGUUAGAGCUUUUAUACCACCGAGUCA